GGUUUAACCAUUCUCUUGUUGUUUUAUAAUGACAGGUACAGGUAGAUAUUGUCACAAGUUCUCAGGUGAGUAGUACUGUGUCUUUUUACUUGAUAAUGCCAUUUUGAGUUUAAGGUUUGUAACAUAGCAGGAAGAGAACAUGCUUGGACUCUGCAGCACUCACCGUGAUGGUCCGAAUACCUGCUUCUGCCCACACUGUAUCCAGUGACCUUUUGGGACUGCAUUGGGUCCUGUCUCAUGGAAUGGUGAAGCUCUAGGAUGCCAGUUUACAGAAUGCAUGCAUUCACAACGUACAGAUGUCACAGCACUUUAAAUGGAUGAUCAAUGGAAAAAGAAAACCAGAGGGUUGCAUGGAUAAAGUCAAAUGGUGGUGCCUCAGGUAGAAGCAAAUCCCACAUGAAAACACAGUGUAAUUCACUGAACCAAGACUAAACUAGGUCUAAAACAGGACUAAACCAGGACUGAACUGAGGAUAAACCAGGACGAAAUCAGGACUGAACCAGGGCUAAACAAGGACAGGAAAUUGACUCUUGUGAGUUUUACGUUAUGUUAUAAUGUUGUUACCUCCUCAAAAACAUUCCGGGAGUUGUGUCUUGUUUCAUCUGCACAUGUUUGAAUAAUCCUUUAUUAUUAGUCUAUAUCUCCAAAGCUCAGAAUGCAGUUCCACCUUUUGAUGUCAUGAAACGGUAGUUUUCCAGUUAAUGGCUACCUUUUACCUUUUGUUCAGUAGAGAUUGGCCUGAAAACACCAAAAGGACUCAAGUGAAGGUGUAUGGAGUUUAAAAACACAGUAGAGCUUUUCCUGUAUUACCACAUGACAUGACAAGGAUUUUUUUCUGUUUGAGAAAAGAACUCAGCCUAAAUAUGCAGAGUUUGUGAGUUAAACAUGUGUGAAUGAAACAAAACACAACUCCACGUCUGUUUUUGAUGAGGAAACAUUGUAACAUAAAUCAGAAAAUAGUGUAAUAUGGGCCCUUUAUUCACUUUAGAAACUAUUAAAAACAAGGACAGUUUAUGUUUAUUCAAUUAAAUUUUAGGAAUUCAACAAUAAUACUACAAACAGAUCUGUGUGUAGCUUGAAUAUGAUAUUUGUUUCUCACUGGACACUGCCCCCUGUCUGUCAGCCCGGGUUGGUGUCUUCAGUGGAGCAGUUGCACAGACUGGUGAAGCCCAGCGUAGACUAUGUGUGCGGCCUUAAGUUCCCCUCUGGAAACUACCCUCCCUGUGUGGGGGACGAGCGGGACCUGCUGGUGCACUGGUGUCACGGAUCUCCGGGGGUCGUCUACAUGCUGCUGCAGGCCUACAAGGUGUUUGGAGGCCCUGGAUACCUGGAGGACGCUCUGCAGUGUGGGGAGGUGGUGUGGAGGUACGGCCUGCUCAAGAAGGGCUACGGCCUUUGCCACGGAGCCGCCGGGAACGCCUACACUUUCCUGUCCCUGUACCGGCACACGGGGGACCCCAAGCACCUGUACCGCGCCUGCAUGCCCCCCAUGGAAAGAAAAAGAUCAAGGCCAGUUACGUCGCCCGGACUGGCGUUACUGGGGCCCCACCCUGGAGCGGGCCUUUCCCCACGGGGCCCGGUCGGGCCCAGCCCGAAGGAACGACGUGGGGCCGUCCUCCCGUGGACCCACCACCUGCGGGAGGAGCCAUGCGGGGCGGGUGCAAAGAGAUCCGGGCGGCAGUCGAAGGCAGGGACCUCGACGACUGGAUCUCCGGACAUGGAGACUAGCUCUGGGGACGUGGAACGUCACCUCGCUGGGGGGGAAGGAGCCUGAGCUUGUGCGGGAGGUUGAGCGUUACCGGCUAGAUAUAGUCGGCCUCACCUCCACGCACAGCUCGGGCUCUGGAACCCAACUUCUUGAGAGGGGUUGGACUCUCCAUUUCUCUGGCGUUGCCCGCGGGGAGCGGCGGCGAGCUGGUGUGGGCUUGCUCAUUGCCCCACAGCUCAGCC